GUAAUUGUGUUGAUUCACCAUUAUCUAUUAUCAAUUGAUAAGCUACUUCCAUAUCAACAAUAUCAAUAUGUUCAAUGUCAGUGCUACUUUGAACGUGUCCAGACUAUUAUAUAAUCCAAGUCUAUGUUUACCACAUAUAACAGUGAAGUCAUUUGAUCAAAUAUCAUUACCGUUCAAGAUCGCCAGUCAUCCGGAUGUAGUAAUCAAGGGUGUAGUAUUGGAUAAGGAUAAUUGUAUCGCAAAGGAUCAUGAUGAUAAAGUAUGGCCUGCUUAUAAUGAAACUUGGGAUCUAUUAAAACAAUCAUAUCCUAAAGAGCAUUUAUUGAUAGUCAGUAACUCAGCUGGUACUAAUGAUGAUAAAGAUCAUGUUCAAGCUCAAAAGUUAGAGAACGAUACUGGGGUCACUGUGUUAAGACAUCCUACUAAGAAACCAGGUUGUUUUAAUGAAAUCGCUGAUUAUUUUAAACAAUUUGAUAUUCAAAGUCAUGAAAUCCUCAUAGUGGGGGAUAGAUUGUUUACAGAUAUGUUGAUGGCCAAUAUGAUGGGUUCUUGGGGGUUAUGGUUAAGUGAAGGAGUUGAAUUAUCAUCAAAGGCUUUGCCAGUAAUGGAAAGACUGUUGUACCAUAGAUUGGUUACUACCAGGUCUGAUGAUCCAUUUGUACCCCCAAAUCCUCUUCAGAAAGAGUGAAUAGACUAUCUAUAUAAUAUACAAUCAAUAUACGAAAUAGAGAUGACAUAAUAAUUCGACGUUAAAAUAAGUAUAAACUAAAGUAAAUAAUUUUAGUUUUGUUAGUAGU